AGCGGGUCGUGCGCGCUGAGGAGGAGCCGCCGCCGCCGUCGCUGUCGCCGCCACCGCCGCCACCGCUACCGAGGCCGAGCGGAGCCGUUAGCGCCGCGCCGCCGCCGCCCGCCCUCCCGUCCCGGAGCAGCCCCGGGCCCGCCUGCCUACGUCCAGAUUUUUGGAAAAUACAAUGUCUAAUGGUUAUGAAGACCACAUGGCUGAAGACUGCAGGGGUGACAUCGGGAGAACAAAUUUAAUCGUUAACUACCUCCCUCAGAACAUGACCCAGGAUGAGUUACGAAGUCUGUUCAGCAGCAUUGGUGAAGUUGAAUCUGCAAAACUUAUUCGGGAUAAAGUAGCAGGACACAGCUUGGGCUAUGGCUUUGUGAACUACGUGACUGCAAAGGACGCGGAGAGAGCAAUCAACACACUGAACGGCCUGAGGCUCCAGUCCAAAACCAUUAAGGUAUCAUAUGCUCGCCCAAGCUCAGAGGUCAUCAAAGAUGCCAACUUGUACAUCAGUGGACUCCCGAGGACCAUGACCCAGAAGGAUGUGGAGGACAUGUUCUCUCGGUUCGGACGAAUCAUCAACUCCCGGGUGCUUGUGGACCAGACCACAGGUUUGUCCAGAGGGGUUGCGUUUAUCCGGUUUGACAAACGGUCGGAAGCAGAAGAGGCAAUUACCAGUUUCAAUGGUCAUAAACCCCCAGGUUCCUCCGAGCCCAUCACAGUGAAGUUUGCUGCCAACCCUAACCAGAACAAAAAUGUGGCACUCCUCUCACAGCUGUACCACUCGCCAGCUAGACGGUUCGGAGGCCCAGUUCACCACCAGGCACAGAGAUUCAGGUUCUCCCCUAUGGGUGUAGAUCACAUGAGUGGGCUUUCUGGUGUCAAUGUCCCAGGAAACGCUUCUUCGGGCUGGUGCAUCUUCAUCUACAACCUUGGCCAAGAUGCCGACGAGGGGAUCCUCUGGCAGAUGUUUGGCCCCUUUGGCGCUGUCACCAAUGUGAAAGUGAUUCGCGAUUUCAACACCAACAAGUGCAAAGGGUUUGGCUUUGUGACCAUGACAAACUAUGAAGAAGCUGCGAUGGCCAUAGCCAGUCUGAACGGCUACCGCCUGGGGGACAAAAUCUUACAGGUUUCCUUCAAAACCAACAAGUCCCACAAAUAACUCGCUCAUGCUUUUUUUGUACGGAAUAGAUAAUUAAGAGUGAAGAAGUUCAAACUUUUUUGUUAGUGUACAACUCAUUUUGCGCCAAUUUUCACAAGUGUUUGUCUUAGUCUGAAUGAGAAGUGAGAAGGUUUUUAUACUCUGGGAUGCAACUGACAUGUUCAAAUGUUUGAAAUCCCACAAUGUUAGACCAAUUUUACGUUUCAUAAGUUAUUUCCUUUAAGAUAUAUAUUAAACAGAAACCUAACUAGACUGCAUUGACUAACCAGUCCCUCUGGAUGGUGGUGAAACUGAAGCAUGCUUUAACUUCUAAGACUGUCUAACACUCGUUUCAUUUGAUGUCUCCACAAACUGGAUAAACAAAAAGUGAUCUUUUAGUUUUUAGUUUUUAAUCUAAAGAUGUUAGACAGAUGCUGAGUGUGUGUUUUCUCAACCGCUUCAACAUUUUAAGCGAUUUGUGCUUUGGUUGGCAGAAAGUUGCUUUCCCAAGCAGGUCCCAUUGCCACCUCCUGCUCGCUCAGCCUCGGGCUUUGCCGAGUGGUCCUGGGAGUGGCAGCGGGCCCGUCCAUUGUGAGCCACCACCGGGGAGGGGAGUUGCAUGCCGGGCCAGGCCCUCCAGAAAAGGACACAGUGUAUUUUGUAAGCCCAGGCACCAAUGGGAACGGACCAAAGAGUUUCAGGAAAACUCCAGUAUAUUCCAGAGUCAGAUCUAAGCUCCAGGCACGCCUGAAGAUGUGUUGCUACUCACAUCCCGAAUUUCUGUCCACACAUUGCAUGCACGGUGCCCCACACAGCGGAUGCUGUUCUCAAUAAUUUCUCCAGUUUCCAAGAGCUUUUAACAUAGCUUGAAGGCAUAAGAUAGCUCUGUUUUUUAAUAACACGUAAACAUUUGAGCAUUGUAUUUCUCGCAUCCCUUCUUGUGAGCGCUAGACUUUUUUCUAUUUUAGUCGGAUUUUGUUUUGGAAUUUUGUUUUCAGAUGAACACUCAGCAGAAAAGUACUUAACUUCUUGCCAGUUAUCUAUUAACAAAAACCUUUGAUUUGUAGUUUUAAAGAUUAACCCUCAAACAUUCUCUUCAUAACUGCCUUGACAUUUUGGGUUGUUCUGUUCUGUUAAUUUUCUUUUGCUUUUUUGUGUUUUUUGUUUGUUUUUACUUUUGCAUUUAAGACCAUUAAAUUUGAUUUUGUUUUGCUCGAAUUUUGUUUUGUUUUUUAUUUUACCUUUUCUUUCUUUUUGGCUAGGUAAGGUACAGACCGCCCCGCAUUCAGGGAGGACUCAUAAGAUCUUAAAAAACAAAUACUUGCCUCAAGAAAAAGCAUUUCUGAAUCUGUGACAUAGGAACGCACAGUCAGAGAUCAGUGGUUCUCAGACUGGGAGCUGGUAGGAAGAGUCCAAGAGAGGCCUGUGCAGUAGGCAGGGCCACAUCUCCCAAAACUCGUCAGGACUGUGGACUGAUUUUUAUAAAUAACUGGUGUACAGAGAGAAUUAAAAACAGGAUAACUUAGUACCAGCAGUUUUUAACCUUGACAUGAGACUAAAAUAUGUAAUGAUAGGCUAUUUUUUAGUUAUCAAUAUCAUGGAAUGGCGGCAUUAUUUAUCUAUUUAUUUAUUUAUUUAUUCAUCUAUUUAAGUGGAAAAUUGGGCCAUAGGCACAGCCGUCUCCAGAACAGGUCAGUGUCUCCAGAAGCUCUUGGGUGAUUUGAGGCCACUGUUCUCAUCCCCUCUCCCUGACCCGUCACUGAGGGGUUGUUGUCAUCCUCACAAAUUGAGGAUGUUGCCAUCCACACCCAGGCCAUGUCUCAUCAAAGUCAGCCAAGUGCCACAAGGGAUCUCCCUUCUCCAGUAGAAGUUCCAGAUCCUCAGUAAAAGCCAGCCUGUGGGGCAUCCCUCUGGAUCCUAAAACCAAUGCCCAUUUGCCUGGAUUUGACACAAAAGAGGGACCCUGCUCUGUCACCCAGAGCACUCUUCACCCUCAGACCAGAACGUUUUCCUGGAAAAAUAAUGCCCUUCAGGGUCACUGAGGCCAGCAUCUUCUGAGUGAAGGUGGGAUUCCCGAUUCUGAAAUUUACCCUCAUGUCUCCGCAUUCCCACACAUUCCUGCCUGCCUUAGAGAGUGUUUGACAGAGAAUUCUUUCUGCCUUACGCUUCAACUGUGAAAAUGAUGGUGGGCUCCUAGCUAGCACCUCAGCUUCCUCUCUCCCCUCCCUCUGUUUGAACCCUGUUGAUUAUUCUAAUGCUGGGACAGAUGAGAAGGAGAUGCGAAGUAUAUCAACCUUUGAAAAUUACAUGAAGUUUCUUAUUUCGGUAAAAUAUUAAUUUUAUGUGGUCUCCACUGUUCCAACAGCCUUCUAGCUAAAAAUUCCAAUGCAUUUCUAUGGGAUUUUUACUUCACAAGUUUGUGAAAGGAUUUAGCUUUUGAAAUGUCACUCCUGAAAAGCAGUCUUCACUCCAAUCCAGGUACUCGAUGCUGGCCUAUGCUUAUAAAAGCUCAUUACAUCAAGCCUUGCUUACAAAAGGAAGAUCCCUUUUUUAAAAUAUUACAACCCCCUAAUUUCUUAAACAUUUUUACGUAGAAUAGUCAUAUUUGUAUUUAGCAAAAUGAGUGCACUCCUUUUACUUGGGGGUUUUGAUGGAAAAGCAUUAAGAGUAGAUAACGUUAGUUUAUCAAAAAUUUGAUUUGGUAAAUACCAAAGAGGCUUUGAUUAAAUUCUCUUUGACCUGUGCAACUUCCUCUGGUAGUUAAACCCUAAGCAGCUCUGAUGUUGUGAACCUGCAUCUAGUGAAAUUAUCCAUCCCCACCCUCACCUUGGUUCUCCCCUUACCUAAUUUUUGAUGUAAUAUGCCCAGCCAUAGUCUGUGCUGGUCGUGCCUCGAGUUGCAGUUCUGUGACUGAUUCCCUGCUGGGUGCUCAGUCUCUUCCACAGCCACCAUCUUGCAUGACUGUUUGAAAGGCGGCUUCCUCAGUGGCCUGUCUAUGGAUGAUGCUGGGUGGGUUCUGCCUUCUCCUGAAAGGUGAGUCUUUCCCUUGCCAAGGGCAGCUGCCUUAACCUUUGAGAGUCUGCACUUGGUGUUAGUAUUGGGGACCCAGCAUCCAGGGAUGAAACUGUGCUGCUGUAGGGAGCCAAGGCUGGCUCAGUCAAGGGAUCAGAGAAGCAGAUGAACAUGAAGACAGUGGCAAUUCACUUAACCUUGGUCUGGCUGCACAUGAAGGCCAUUUGUCUCUGACGUGUUGAAAAGACGCCCAGUCCUGCAUCAAACUUGAAAGUUGAAAUUGCCAUCACUCAGCUGUUCAAUUUCACAUCAGAUUCAGCCUGAUAUUCUGUGUGCAUUUUGCAGCCUUUCUGUUUGGAUGAAAGA